AAAAUGACAAAACUUCUUUAAAAAGCGGAUUGAAAAAGUACAAAUGUUUGUUUGUUGAAUUUUAGUUUUGGUGGGAAAUAAUCACUGCUUUAUCGGCGGCUACCCCUUAUUUACGAACAAAUUGACCUUUCCCCGUCCCCUAACACAAAAUAAAAUUUGUAUGAUCCAAAAAUGUAGCCCCACUAAUUAUAAUACCGAUGAUGUACUUGUUUUUAAUAAUAUAUUUAUACUGAAGUGAUGUAUUUUGUAUUAAACGUUAAUAAAGAGCAUGCGAAUUUUGUUUUGUGUUUUUCUGCUUAGUAUUUUUUUGCUGGUUUCUGUGUAUGCUUCAUUUGGGGGAUCGUGGUGACUUGCUGACUGUUGUGCAUUUUAUGUUUUGACAAUAGAAGUACAUUUUCUUGUUUUAUCGUUUUAAUAGAAUUCGAUGUCAGAAACGGCCGAGGGCACAUCACAACUAUGUGAACAGUACAAAACUCUGUCUGUUGAACUGGAGAAACAGGUCCAGAUUCUUCUUGAAACACUCAACCAAAAAGAUGCUCAACUGAAUAGUUACAAAGCAGAGUGUGAAAGUCAGUUGUCAGAAUUGCAAGAAAAGCAAAACCGUAUCAUUGACUUAGAAUUUGAAUUGCUUUCUACCACCCAAGAGAAAUCUGACGCAUCCAAUGAAAAAGAAUGUAGCUUUUGGAAAAGAGAACUUAUGGAAAAGGACAAAGAGAUUUCGAGACUAGAAAUUGAAUUGCGCAAACGUACUGGGGAUUUACAGACUAUAGUAAACAAGGAAUUGUGGGAAAAAAAUAGAGAAAUAGAAAAGUUACAGAAGAGAUACGGAAACGUACUAGAAUUAAAAGACAAAGAGAUUGUUGAACUUAGAAAGGACAUUGAGGAUAAAGAGUCGCAACUUACCCUACUCAAAGAUAAAAUAAGCGAAUUAGGAGCUCAAAUAACACCAGAGUCGGACCUGCUACCUGUUAAGAACAACGAGAAAUUAUUUUCUGAAAAUAAAUCCUUAGAAGAAAGUCUUUAUUGCAGUUUGAAAGAACGAAAAGAAUUAAUUAAACAAUCAGAAAAUCUUAAACAUAAUUUAAAUAAUUCCUUGGAAAAUAAUAAAAGUGAAGAAUUAGCUGCUCUAAAAGACGAACUAGAAAAAUGCGAGAAGUUGAGACACGAAAGCCAAGACAUUUGUUCCGUAUUAAGCACACGCUUGGAAGAAUUAUGCCAGUUUCUGGAUUCCUUAUUAAAACAAAAGUCUGUCCUUGGAUUUUUAGGGAAUAAACAAAAAAGCCACCUUCGUAAAAUCAUCGAUCAAAGCCUUGAUCUUUCUCGCACUUUGUCAAUAAGCAUUUCUCUAAAUCCAAAUCAAAGCCUCUUACAACUAAGCAACCUCAGUAAUUUGUUAGAUUUGACGCAUGAAACAAACGAAUCUAUUAAUAGUCCUGAAGAAACUUCACUAAGCAUUCUUCCAGAUGAAGUAUCAUUAACUUAUCAAAGUCAUUUAAAGUGCACUAAUACAGAUAAUAUGAUUAAUUCAAGCAUUGUAAGUCAACAAGCUGAAAUAAUAAAUAUAUUACGAGAACAAGUGGAGAAUCUCAAGAAAGAAAUUGAAUUAAGAGAUACUGAACUAGAAAAUAAAGCAAGAAGCGAAAGAAAAGAACUGAAGAAUGAUCAGGAAUUCGUUGAAGCAGUUAUAGAUCUACAGUCUUCUUUAUCCGAAUCCUCCAAACAUGUUCCAUCACCUCAAAAAAUUUUACAAGGACUGUUCCCUUCGAAAUCGCCUUUAUUGUGUUCAAACGAUAAAUCUGUUCUUAACACCACGUCUACCACCCUUAAAAAUGUUAACACAGAAAAUCAAUCAGAAUCAGAAUGUUGGUCAGAACCCGAUCGAAAAGUAUCUAUGCAGAGGAUGGGAAUUAUUGACGAUAAGGUUAAAACUGGCUUGAACUCUUCCUUAUCUGGUCGCAGAAGUAGAUUCAGUUAUAUGGAAUGUCUUUCAACUGAAUCCACAGAGGACGAAAGAAAUAUGAGUUUGUCCAGGACACCAUCAAAGAGAAGCACCAUAGUCGUUUUACAUGAACAGAUUUGCGAGCUUGAAGACAAGCUUAGAGACAAAGAAAAACAACUUUUAGCAGUCCAGAUUGCUUACUUUGAAACGGAAAAAGUUCUUAAUGAGGAAAAGGCUAAGGUACUCAAUUACAUAAAACAGGAAGAACAGUUGGUGUCCAAAAUGAAAAGUACAGAAGAUAAGCUUAGAGAAGCUGAGCAAAAUUAUGAAGCAGCAAAUAAAAAAUUAGAAGAUAACAACUCUGUCAUUGCUACUUUAGAACAGUUUAAGUCACAAAUGGAAGAGCAACUGAAAAUGAAGGAUAAAGAAAUGCAUAAUAUAAUUAAUGAACUAGAAAAGGAAAAAGAUAUGGCUAUUAAGGCUGCCGAAGAAGCCGAAAAAAUAGCUGACAAUGCCAAAAUUGAUAUCAAAAAUGCAGAAUUGAAACUUUGCGAUUUGAAGGACGAGCUUGCACAGAUAGAAAACAAAACACGACAAAGCUUAGAGGAAGAAUACAAAAAUAAACUGAGAAAUAUCGAAAACGAUUUCCAAAGUCGAAUGAAAUGCUCUGAACAAGAACAUCAAUCAAAGUUACAAUCUCUAGAACACGAAUGUGAAUCUCAGAUAAAAUCGAUAAGAAUGACCAUAGCCAGUAUUAAAGAAGCUUGUGCCGAAGAUCAAAAGCGAAAUUCUGACGUAGCUAAUGAAACAACAGAAGUAGAGUAUAUUAUGGACGAAUUGGAAAGCAUAAGAAAAUCCAUCCGAUCUAUGAGAGCUAAAGUAAAAGACAUGGAGGAAAACGAAGAAUUCUAUAAAGAAAAAAUAUUUAAACUGGAGGUUCAAAAUGAAGAAAAAAUAAAAAAUCUUUAUAUACAACUUGACACUGUAGCACUCCAACACUCAGAAACAAUGUUGGAGAAAACAAAGUUGAUGAAUGAAAAGAAUGUUUUGGAACAGGACAUUCAAAAAUAUAUCCGCAAAGAAGAAGAAUUGAUAAGACAAGUUAACGAUUUCCAAAGGGAAUUUACUGAUAUACGGCAUAGUUUCCAAAAACAACUUAGCUACCUAGAAAACCUCAAAGUAUCUCUUGAAGCUAAAGUGACUCAACUCGAAUCAUCGAAUGCAGAUCUACGUAGAAGAAUUAUGAGUAGUGGCAAUAUCAACGUUCUUGAUGACAACACUCUGUCUUAUUCUCUUCCGAAUAGUCCUACUAAAUACGCUGACCUGUAUCCCAACAAAACCUUGCCCAUUCGUUCUAAAAAAAGUGUUCAAUACUUUCGAGAGUUAUCGGACACUGCCCCUAGUGACCUGGGCGAUACUAAAGGAUUUUUUAAUGUUGUUCAACUUCAGGCACCGAAUGUUAUGGAAAUGGAGCACGAUUCUCGUCAUGGAAAUUCGUCUCCAGAUUUGGGGAUAGAAAGCGACCAAGGACGAUUUUCUAGUCUCGAGGCAAAUGUCAACAUUCCUAGACCUUUGUUACCUACUUUAGAACUAACAGAGUCCAUGAAUAAUCUAUUGGAUAACAGUGUCUCUGUUCAAGACGGUUUUUGUAAUAAUGAAAAUUGUAUAAUGAAAAUUAAAGAGAUGAUGAAUGAAAAUUCAGAGUUAAAGAAGCGACUACUGAGGACGAGAAGGGCUUUAGAAGAGACGGUGACCCAAUUAACACUGGCCAACAAGCGUAAGAAGGAAGUGGAAAAAACGAUUUGCAAACAAAUUCACAAAACAAGCCAAGUUUUGCGAAAGGCUAAAGCUAAUCUUGAUUCUGGUUCAGAAACAGAAGUUCUAACUAAAAAGUGAACGUUUAUCACUUAUUUUGUAUGUACAUUUACCACCAUGUGUCCAGUGACUGAUUUGUUUAUUUUUUUAAUUUUUUAAUUCGUUCCUUUUUAAUUUGUUUUAUUCAACGACUUUUUUAUUUAAAUAAAGUUGAGAAACUUUUUUGUAUAAAUUUAUUAUUUGUAAGUUUACACACGUGUUGUGAUGUGAUAAGUCUGUCUAUAAUAAUAUCUAAUUACACACAAUUGCCAUGUACAAAGUUGUUGAGUAGUUUUAUUGUAAGAGCAUCGAAAAAAUGAAAUAGUUUUAUAAUUCAAACGGUGUGGCUGUUAUGCAUUUAUAAUGACAGUAUUUUUAAAUUUUAAAAGUAGAUUAAUGUUUGUAUAUAUUUGCUCAAAUAAACUUUCCCCUUUUUUAUAAA